GAUUGUAAAAAAGUGUUUUUUUUGUGGAGAAAAUGAGAGUAUAAAAGGCAGAGGAAUCACAUUUGAUUGUAGGAUAAUUCAACAGUGACGCCAAACGCUUGGUUACACCCAACUGUGUUUUUCCUUCGUUAUUUUAACCUCGAAUUUAUCGGAGCGAGCUACUUUAUCCGGAUCGAAAUGUUUUGCAUUUUGAUAGUUUCGAAUUAAUGUUAUAUUAUUGCAAAAGAGCUGGUUUGUUACAUGGACGUCUCGAUGAAUUAAAACAGACAUUUUAAGACGAGAGCUGAUAACAAUGAGAAGAUUAACGACUGAACAUUUUGACUUUUCAAAACAUAUUUGAUAUCUUUGCGAGUUUUCAUAAUCCCUUUGGGGAUUUUUUUUUCAUCGCUUGUGCUGAGGUUUAUUUUUGGUGCUUAACAUAACCUUGACUUCAGCAUUCCUUUGUAUGAAACAAAGCCUUUGUCUUCAUUGUGAGUAAAAAUGUUUUAAAACAAUAGACAUCAUUCGCCAAUAACGUGUGGAUCACAGACAAGCUAAAACAUCGUCGUCAUAAGAAUCAGCAAACUUUGUAGGAGUUCAGUCGCAAGCGAAGAAUACCAUGGAGAAGUGCAAGUUAAGGAUUCGUUACGAUGUGUCUUUGAGGACCAUGUCUUCUCCCUGCGCUUUAUGCAUUUCAAACAUCAUGAGAAACUCGGUCUUCCUUUUGACUUUGAUCACUGUUUUAUCAGCAAUGAGCAUGAACGGAAGGCCUGAGUGUCAACUGGUUCAGCUUCCGAUGUGUGCUUCGAUGCCUUACAACCUAACCAGAAUGCCCAACCUUCUACAUCAUAGCACGCAAGAGAAUGCCAAGCUGGCUAUCGAACAGUUCUUGCCGCUUGUCAACACCAACUGCAGUGGUAACCUGACUUUCUUCCUAUGCGCGAUGUACGCGCCCAUUUGCACAAUGGGUUUCAUGGAAGAACCUGUGCCUCCUUGUAAGAGCAUCUGUCAGAAUGUGAGGGCGGGCUGUGAGCCUAUAAUGGUAGAGCACAAUGUGUCUUGGCCUGAAUAUCUGUCUUGUGAUCAGCUACCUGAGUAUACUUCCGGUGUGUGUAUCACCAGAGAUGCCAUCGUUGACUCGGGGCCAACCAUGGACCAGUUUCAACCCACUCCUGCAGUUCCUCAGGUGCCACCAGGGAAUUGUGACGUAUGCCAGUACGAUUUUGAGCUAUCACGUGAUCUGUUUUUCGAGAAGGAAUAUGAAUUUGUGAUUCGUGCAAGGGUCGAGGGUUUCUUUUCCGGUACUCGAAGGGGUGAAAUGUACAUCCGGGUUAUUAUACAUCACGUGGUACAGUUCAGUGAGAUUCACAUACCAGUCGGAGAGGUCCAAUUGUGGGUCAACAACUACUGCGCAUGUCCGAUGCUAACGCCCGGUGAAGAAUACAUGAUCAUGUGUUAUCAAGAUAUAAUCAACGGUAGAUUGUUACUAGAAAACGACUGCUUGGCGAUUCCAUGGCAGAACAGAUACAGCAAGAGAGUUAAGAAAUGGGGCCAGAAGCUUCUGUACGAUCAGCGAUAUCGAGAUUCAAGUGAUUCCAGGAGUAAUAGAAGAAACAGAGAUCUCUAUUACCUAUAUGGAUAGGUCAGAGGUCAUGACCUUUUUAUCAGAGGUCAAUGAACUUCUCCCGUGCUGACGUCACAGUCAAUCAUCUUCAAGUAUGUGGCGGAACAUCAUGCAAAUGUGGUCAUAUUUAAAUUAUGUGGUUCAGAAAAAAAGCUUUUAAAGCUU